AUGCUCGCGGGUCUGCCCGUUCUUGGAGAUACCGGCUUCAAAUUCACCAACACCAGCAGCAACAAUCAGGACAGCACAGUCAGCCUGGGAUGUGCCUGUAAUCAUGUUUUUGAUGAAGUCUCUGUGUCCCGGGGCAUCAAUAAUGGUAACAUAGUACUUGCUGGUCUCAAAUUUCCACAGGGAGAUAUCAAUGGUGAUACCACGGUCACGUUCUGCUUUCAGUUUGUCCAAGACCAGGCAUAUUUGAAGGAGCCCUUUCCCAUCUCAGCAGCCUCCGUCUCGAACUUCUCAAUUGUUCUCUUGUCGAUCCCGCCACAUUUGUAG